AACAAAAAUGAAGAUUGUAGUGACUGGUGGUGCUGGCUUCCUUGGAAGUCAUAUGGUUGAUUACCUUUUGAAAAAGAGUGAUAACAAGGAUGAAAUCUAUGUUAUUGAUAAUUUGCAAACAGGAAGUUUGGUUAAUUUGAAACACUUGUCUGAAAAUCCUAAUGUACAUUUCAUUCAAGCUGAUGUGAUUAAUGCUCUCUCCGAUGAAAGAAUUACAUCAUUGGAAGGUAUUGGACAAAUCUAUCACAUGGCUUGUGCUGCUUCACCACCACAUUAUCAAAAAGAUCCAAUUCAUACAACAAUGACUUGUGUUCAAGGAACAUAUAAUUUCCUCACUCUUGCUACAAAGUGGAAUGCUAGAUUGUUGAUCACUUCUACUAGUGAAGUUUAUGGUGAUCCAGCUAUUAAUCCACAAGUUGAAACUUAUUGGGGAAAUGUCAACUGUACUGGUACUAGAUCUUGUUAUGAUGAAGGAAAGAGAGCUGCUGAAACUCUCUGCUUUGAUUUUAAUAGAACCAAGAAUACUCAAGUCCGUGUUGCUAGAAUUUUCAACACUUAUGGACCUAGAAUGAAUUUGACUGACGGACGUAUUAUUAGUAAUUUUGUUUAUCAAGCUCUUAAGGGAAUUAACAUCACUGUCUACGGAACUGGUAAACAAACCAGAUCAUUCUGUUAUGUUAGUGAUCAAAUUGAAGGAUUGCACACUUUGAUGAAUCAAGAUGUUACUAUUGGACCUGUCAAUAUUGGUAAUCCAGAAGAAUAUACUGUUUUGGAAAUGGCUGAAAAGAUUAGAGAAAUGAUUGGAGCAACCGAGUCAAAUCAAUUAGUUUUCCACGAACUUCCACAAGAUGAUCCAAAAGUCAGAAGACCAGACAUUACCAAGGCAAAGACUUUACUUGGUUGGUCACCAAAGGUUGCCUUGCAUGAAGGUAUUUCUCUUACCAUUGCUGAUUUCUCUAGAAGAAUUAAGGAAGAAGCUGAUUUACUCAACUUGUAA